AUGAUUUCGACCAAUGCGGCUGAGAAAACCGGUUUGACUGGUACGUUACCGCAGACAGAGUGCUGGAAAGAGACCUGGGAUCGCAGACGGGACAAUCCUGAUUCGUUCGACGACGAUUUUGUGGACAUGAGAGCGUCUUCAGCAUUUGAUACGGUUGAUAUUGCGAACGAUGACUCUGAGGAAGCUCCUGGAUCCGAGAUGUAUUCGGCUGAGGUCGCCGAUGAAAUGGACGCUGCUGGUAAGACAAGGAUGAAGCGACGAACGCGCACUGAAAAGGAGCGGAUGGGCUUGGAGCGCAUGCAAAAUCCCCACCACCGAGCUCGACAAAUGAAUAGCCUUGCUAGAAAGAUAGCCAUGGAUGUCAAGCAGCGCACGUUCAUGCAUCAGGACAUAUGGCAUACUGUUGAGCGCAUAGUUCUCGGUUCGGAUAACAUAGAAGCGACGGUGCUGCUCCCAAACCAUGCAGAUGUCUUGGUGUUGCUCUCACUGCUAGCAGAUGAGGCGGUGUUGCCUCCAGAACUACUCACAAGUCCUCUUCGUCGAGCUUAUCAUGGAGCUCUUCAGAUGCUACUGGCCAUCGAAGCGUAUUGUCAUGGCACACGUUCUCGCAGCUCGAAUACGCGAAGUCUCCUGAAAACUAUCGGAAGCAUGGGACAAACGUUGAACGAGUCGGAGUUCUGCGACCGGCUUGCAGACCUACUCGGCAAUGAGCGGCCGUUGUGGAACUACAUUCGUCAGUGGCUUCCUUUGGCAUACGAUGAGAAGGUUACUCCGGCAGAUUUCGAGUUCAUUGACCUGAGCAAAUGUCCGGAUUCGGAGUUGCUAGAAGACAGAUGUGCAGAAUGCAUUGAUGAUCUGAAUGCGGUUCUCGGAACACUUCCCCCAAAAAGAGGUGGACCACUUCAGGU